GCCCCUGUCUGGCUGGGGGUGGCCGCCGAUACGAAGGGUUUCGGGUUUCUAGAUGAUAUAUAUUCCUUUCUAAUACCUCCCUCUCGCCCGAGGGCUUCAUGUAUGGGAUGGGGAAAGCAAGAACGCUCCGCGAGUGUUCAAUACGCGUCUUAUCUAUCUGGUCCGACUUUUGAUCUUUCACGGCGUUGGGAGGGGAAUGCGGAUGCAGUCGCGCGCGCCAUUGAUCUGGCAGCUGCGCGAGAGCGACAUCAAGAAGGCUGCAUUGGAUUUUGAAUGGUUGCAUUGGUUUUUAUUUUUCCCUUUUUUUUCUUUUUGAUGACGGGAAGGGAUCCUUUACUCGUUUGUACUAUUAGUCUGCGUUGUUCUGCUCUUUCCAUCAUGUUCACUGCGUUUUUUUUUAUAUCCCUUGGUUUCUCCUCCCUUCGUUACCAGGUCAUUAUAUACCCCCCAGAGCCUCCCCCUCGCGCGUGGUGUGAGGAGAGGCAGGCAGGCAGGCAGGCAGGCAGCUUGCUAUUUCAGAAGGAGCAAGAAAAAAAAGAAGAAGAAAGGAAGGAAGGAAGGAUGGAUGGAUGGAUGGAAGGAAGGAAGGAAGAAGGUCGGUCUCUACUAAGAUAGAUAUUAUACAUACCCCUAUACAUAUAUACCUAUAUAUACAUAAUACGAAACUUCGAAACCCGGGU